AUGGAUGUUCCGAGGUACAAAUCAUAUAAUUCAACAAAGCUUGAUUUUCGAGGGCAAUAUCGACCUAAUAAGAGGGGUUCUGGAUUUGAUAGAGAUGGUGAUAUUGAUGCAUUGGAUACUCAAUUAAAAUCUGGCGGUCGUUAUUGGUCUUCAAAGUAUGCUGCUGUAGAACGGCAUAAGAAUUUAAAGCGUCUUCGUGUUCUUGCACGGAAGCAGCCUAGGGUUGUAGUUUCGGAUGAUUUUAUUCCUUUGUCAGAUGUGGAAGUGUCUCAUGAAGGUGUUGAUCGUCCUAGUUCUGUUUUGAAGGAUUGUUUAGUUGUUGAAGAAUCUUGGGAUGACGAGGUGUUGCGCAAAACUCGGGAGUUUAAUAAGUUAACAAGGGAGCACCCUCAUGAUGAGAAAGUAUGGUUAGAUUUUGCGGAGCUCCAAGACAAGGUUGCAAGUAUGCAACCCCAGAAAGGUGCUCGUUUGCAGACACUUGAGAAGAAAAUUAGUAUACUGGAAAAGGCGACAGAGCUCAACCCUGAUAAUGAGGAACUGUUGCUUUGUCUUAUGAAGGCUUAUCAGAGUAGAGACAGUUCGGAUAUGCUAAUUGGUAGAUGGGAGAAAGUACUUAUGCAUCAUUCAGGGAAUUACAAGUUGUGGAAAGAGUAUCUGCGUGUUGUUCAAGGGGAGUUCUCCAGAUUCAAGGUUUCAGAUAUGAGAAAAAUGUAUGCACAUGCAAUCCAAGCUGUAUCUUCUGCAUGCAGCAGGCAGUUUAGGCAGUUUUACCAGAAUGAGGAGAAGCCUUCUUCUUUGGAUCCUGCCAUAGUACAGCUGGAGCUUGGUCUGGUUGAUAUAUUUCUUAAUCUUUGCAGGCUCGAGUGGCAGGCUGGGUAUCAGGAGUUGGCCACUGCUUUAUUUCAGGCUGAAAUUGAAUUUACUGUGUUUUGUCCGUCAUUACUUUUAACUGAUCAUAGUAAACUCAGGCUGUUUGAGCACUUCUGGAAUAGUGAUGGUCCAAGAGUUGGAGAAGAAGGGGCUGUUGGGUGGUCCACUUGGUUGGAGAAAGAGGAAGAAAAUAGGCAAAGGAUUUUGAAAGAAGAGGCUUCACACAAUGAAGAGAGAGGUGGUUGGACCGGUUGGUCAGAACUGCUAUCCAAACAUGAGGAAACUGCUAAGAAUCAAGAUGCAGUCCAUAAUGAUGUGACUGCUGAUGUGUUUCUAGAGGAAUCUGAGAAUGAAGAUAUCAAGCAGGAAGAUGAUACUGAAGCAUUACUAAAACAGCUUGGCAUUGAUUUGGAUGCUGAGCCUAGUAGUGAGGUUAAAGACAGUUCAACUUGGGCUAGGUGGUCUCAAGAAGAGUCUUUGAGAGAUUGGAAUCAAUGGAUGCCUGUUCAUGGCAAGUCUGGUGGCAGGAUCUCUCCCAGCAGUGGGACACCUGAUGGAGAAGCUGAUGAACAUUUUCUAAGAGCUGUAUUGUUUGAAGAUGUCAGUGAAUACCUAUUCUCAUUAAACUCUGAAGAGGCCCGCUUAUCUCUAGUAUCUCAAUUUAUUGAAUUCUUUGGGGGAGACCUGUCACAAUGGAUUUGCACAAACAGUUCAAGUUGGAAGGAAAAAAUCCUCAGCAUAGAGGUGUUACCAGAUUCUAUAUCAAAGAACUUGAGAAGCCUUCAUGAUAUUUUGGAUAGAUCAGAAGGCAGUUCAAGCUCUAACAGUUUGAAGUUACUAAUGGGCAUCAUGAGUAACUGCUCUAAGAGGACUGAUACGAUGAAAUUCCUUCGAAAUGCUGUAUUACUUUGCUUAACAGCUUUUCCGCGUAAUCACAUAUUAGAAGAAGCUGCUCUUGUUGCUGAAGAGUUUUCCAUUACAAAAAUGGAUUCUUCUACCCCAUGUCGAGCUCUGGCUAAGUCCCUGUUAAAGAAUGAUCGGCAGGAUGUUUUGCUAUGUGGAGUAUAUGCACGGAGAGAAGCUGUUUUUGGUAAUAUUGGUCAUGCAAGAAGAGUCUUUGACAUGGCAUUGGCAUCUGUUGAAGGGCUUCCACCUGUGUCUGACUUGGAUUUACGAUCUAAUGCUCCGCUUUUAUAUUUCUGGUAUGCUGAGACAGAACUUGCCAAUAGCUCUGGCAAUAAUCAAGAAUCACCUUCUCGUGCGUUGCAUAUUUUAUCCUGCUUAGGAAAUGGAGUAAAGUACAUCCCAUUUGAAUCUAAACCAUCAAGCCUGCAAUUGUUGAGAGCACACCAGGGGUUUAAAGAAAGGUUGAAAAUAGUACGAUCAGCAUGGGUGCGCGGUGUUGUAGAUGAUCAAUCUCUUGCUCUAGCUUGCUCAGCCGCUUUAUUUGAAGAGCUGACAACUGGAUGGGCUGCAGGUAUUGCAGUUUUAGAUGAGGCGUUCAAAAUGGUGCUUCCAGAUAGAAGAUGCCACAGUUACCAACUUGAGUUUUUGUUCAACUAUUAUGAUGAUGCUCAGCAUGGUGGAAUGGCACAGCAGAAGGUCUGCAUUCUAGGAUGGGUACAUGUGGCUUGCAUUGCUUUGAUGCCACAGCAAAUGACCUUUAGAAACUUCCCCAACUGUAGGGAGAACCCAAUGAAACCAUCUGUUAUUCUUUGGCUUUUUGCGCUAUCAUUUGAGAUGAGUCGAGGAAGCUCCCAGCAUAGAAUUCAUGGGUUGUUUGAAAGAGCAUUGGAAAAUGAGAGAUUGAGUAACUCAGUCAUACUCUGGCGUUUGUACGUUGCUUAUGAAGUUGACAUAGCAUGCAAUCCUUCUGCAGCCAAACGUGCUUUCUUUCGAGCUAUUCAUGCCUGUCCAUGGUCAAAAAAGCUAUGGCUUGAUGGUUUUCUCAAGUUGAACUCCAUCCUAACUGUGAAAGAGUUGUCAGAUCUCCAAGACGUAAUGCGGGAUAAGGAGCUGAAUCUUAGGACUGAUAUUUACGAGAUUCUCUUGCAAGGUGAGCUUGUAUCAUGA